AGGCGCAGGUAGGACCGAGGAGUACCUUCCAGAAACCCUCCUCCAGCCCUGGGGCACGGAUUGGCUCCGGCAGCGAGGUCAGGGAGGACAAGACCCUUUCCGCGCCUUCCCCUGACCCGACCCGCCGUGGUCGCUGUAGACACGCAGGUGCAGGGCGGGGCGGGGGCAUGCUGGCCUGGCAGCGGGGUGCGAGUGGCAGCGCGCGGGGGCCGGAGCAGCGCCGGGCCCGGGGCGUCCGGGGGCCGGAUGGCGGAGCCCACGCGCCUUGCGGAGCCCGGGAGGUUUGCGCUCCGCUCGCCGCGCUGCAGGGAGGGCGCGGUGCCAGUCGCGAGCGCCCAGAGACCCAAAAAGAAAGCUUUUUAUUUGCUGAGGAUGAAGCCCCUGAAGGAGCCCGCCCCCAACAACAACAACGUGUCCUUUGUGAUCCAUUGUCAACUAGGCAAGGAGAUCAAACACAUUUGCAGCAACUGCAGUCGCGGGGAAGACACGCGGGACGCUGAGGAAGUGGAGAGGCUGGCGGCGAUGCGUUCUGACUCCCUCGUCCCAGGGACCCAUACCCCACCCAUCCGGAGGAGAAGUAAGUUUGCCAACCUGGGAAGGAUUUUCAAGCCUUGGAAAUGGAGGAAGAAGAAAAGCGAAAAGUUCAAGCACACAUCUGCAGCGCUGGAAAGGAAAAUAUCCAUGAGGCAAAGCAGAGAGGAGCUGAUAAAACGAGGAGUCCUGAAGGAAAUUUAUGACAAAGAUGGGGAGCUCUCCAUAUCCAAUGAGGAGGACUCCCUGGAAAACGGACAGUCCCUGAGCGCCAGCCAGCUGUCUCUGCCCGCCCUGUCCGAAAUGGAGCCGGUCCCGAUGCCCAGAGACCCCUGCUCAUACGAGGUGCUCCAACCUUCAGACAUCAUGGAUGGGACAGUGUCUGAAGAGAGUCCCUCUGCCAGUGAGUCUGGAGUCCUCCUGUCCCAAGAUCCUUCAGCCAAACCAGUCCUGCUACUGCCCCCCAAAAAACCUGCUGCUUUCUCUGGAGACCAUGAGGAGACCCCAGUGAAGCAGCUGUCCCUCCUCAAGCAGCCCCCUGCCCUGCCUCCCAAACCCACAGCCAGGAUUGCCAACCACUUGACAGAUCCUGGAGCCCCUGUGAAAUUGCCUUGUCUGCCAGUGAAACUGUCACCUCCGCUACCUCCAAAGAAAGUCAUGAUCUGUAUGCCUGUAGGAGGGCCAGACCUCUCGCUGGCAUCCUACGCAGCCCAGAAGAGCGGCCAGCAAGGUGGGGCCCAGCACCACCACACGGUCCUGCCAUCCCAGAUCCAGCACCAGCUGCAGUAUGGCAGCCUUGGCCAGCACCACCCCUCCGCCAGCGGCUCCCUCCCCAUGCACCCCUCCAGCUGCAGGAUGAUAGACGAGCUGAACAAGACGCUGGCUAUGACCAUGCAGAGGCUGGAAAGCUCUGAGCAGCGGGUCCCCUGCCCCACGUCUUACCACAGCUCCAGUUUGCACUCGGGUGACGGUAUCACAAAAGCAGGACCUCUGGGCCUUCCAGAAAUAAGACAAGUGCCAACUGUUGUGAUUGAAUGUGAUGACAAUAAAGAAAAUGUGCCUCAUGAAUCAGACUACGAAGACUCUUCCUGUCUCUACACAAGGGAAGAGGAGGAGGAGGAGGAAGACGAGGAUGACGACAGCUCAUUGUACACCAGCUCCCUGGCCAUGAAGGUGUGCCGGAAGGACUCCUUAGCCAUCAAACUCAGCAACAGGCCCUCCAAGCGAGAGCUAGAAGAAAAGAACAUCCUUCCCAGGCAGACGGACGAAGAGAGGCUGGAGCUGAGGCAGCAGAUCGGCACCAAGCUCACCAGGCGGCUGAGCCAGAGGCCCACUGCAGAGGAGUUGGAGCAAAGGAACAUUUUGAAACCUCGGAACGAACAAGAGGAACAAGAGGAGAAAAGAGAGAUCAAGAGGAGGCUAACUCGAAAGCUUAGCCAGAGGCCCACCGUGGAAGAACUUCGGGAAAGGAAGAUCCUCAUCCGCUUCAGCGACUACGUGGAGGUGGCUGACGCCCAGGACUAUGACCGCAGGGCAGACAAGCCGUGGACCCGCCUCACCGCUGCCGACAAAGCUGCCAUUCGGAAGGAGCUGAAUGAAUUUAAAAGCACUGAGAUGGAAGUUCAUGAGCUGAGUAGACAUCUAACAAGGUUUCACCGACCUUAACAGUCAAAUUCCUCUUGAGUGCUAUGCUGUCUUCAAAACAUAAAUUUAUAAGAACCAUAAGUGCUGGUAUUUAUUCACGUCCCAUCACGAUGUAAAUCUUCUGAACUGCCUUUUUCAAAAGAAGGAGAAGGAGAAGGAAAGGAAACACAAUCAGGAUUCUGUUUGAGAAACGCGAUGGUCACCGCUCCGUGGUCAGAGCUGCUGGCACCACCACGGAUCCUGAACCGUGCCCGUCCCCGGCAGGCCAAGAGCACCUGCGGCCUCACAGAAGACUUUCAGCCCCAGUCCUUACUUAGGCUCCAGCGACCUUUCCUCAAAAGUUCCUGUCACCUAAGUCCAAAGAAAGCUGAGGCACUGGGCGUGGCCUGGGAAUGACUUUGAGAAGCAAGUCAUCUGGUUGGCUGAUUAGGCUUGGCUUCUGGUUUGGGGUCCCCUCAGAAGGAGGGUGCUGAGAGGGAGCACUGUCUCAGCUGCCCUGUCCUCUCCCUCCAGCCACCCUCCUUCCAGUGAACAAAAGGGAAGAGCCCUUGUCUGGGGGAGUCUGGGUGACUGUCACAUCCAUCCUGUCCCUCAGGCGGCAGCUCUGGGUUAGAAGGGGAGAGUUGUCACCUGCUCAGUUAACAGCCCAGUGUCACAGGUGAUCUGCACACAAACAGCCACUGCUAAGGUGCACCUACGGCCUCAUGUGUGGAGCGUAAGGACCACGCGGAGGGCAUAAAGGCUGGGGUGGGAACUCCGCUUGGCCGGUGGGCUUCAUCUUCUCUGCCUGCCCCAAGGCUGGUGACCCUGUGACUUGGAAGGUAAUGGCUCCCGAGUGUCGGCCCCCACACAUAUAAGCCAGAAACCAUUCCUGAAGGACCAGCCUUCUGGCCACUGACGGACUGGUACUCUAGAUCCACGUGAUGGCCUUCCAGUCUCCUUUGUUUGCACUGAGGGCUUUCUGUGAGUUUGGCAGAGGCCAGAAUUGGGCAGCCAGCAGCCAUGCCCACCUUGUGCUGUACUUCCCUGUUCAUGUUUCUCCAGGGGGAACCCUUCCUCCCUCAUGAUGCUGGCAAGGGUGAUUGGAGAUGCAUCUCUAACUGCCCCCCUCACCUGGGACCACAGGAAGCAGUGCUCUGUUGACCGCAGGAUCCCGAGGGUAGCACGUGCAGUGAGAGGAAGGACGAACCCCAAACCCUGAGAGUUUGACUUCUCUUUUGUGAGGCCCAGUGCAGCCCCUUUUCCUCCUGACAGAGCUCAUAGGGCCCCAUCGCAAAGCUCUGCCUGGCCUCCCACAGUCACUGUGGUCUCAGUUACCAGUCUUUCCAGGUGGUGGUCCCCUCUCCACCCCACGUGCCCAGGAGUUAGAAGGAUGCCAGCUUGGCCUUCACAGCAAAGAGCUAACCAGUCCCCACCCCGACCUGACCUUCAUGGGAAGGGAGUUACUGCUGGGAUGUGCGCCCACCAGGGAGGCCGUUGACCUUCUGCAGGCAUCCGCAGCGCCUGCGGCCAGCACCACCCGGGGCUGUGCAUGUGCGGGGGGCGCGGGCAGUGCUUCAAGCAGUGCCCACCAGCCGCUGCACGGCUGUCCUGUGCUUUCCUCACAGCACCUGGAACAUGCCGCUGCCCAUCGCUACAUCCUUUUUUCCUUUGCUGAAUUUUAAUAGUUCUUGAUGUGGGUAGACGGAUUGUUCAGGGGAAAUGUGUGGCUGUCAGCACUAUCUUCCCAAAAGGCUUCCUGACGUCUGAAUGUGCAGAUGGUGUGACGAAAGAUGUAGGGCUCUUUCGUUUGACUUCUCUGCAGCGGGCACAUGUUCUGGGCGGAGCUGCCUGCCUUGCCAGAGCUGAGUCUGAGCCUCUAAUGGGCUGCUGUGCUUCAGGCAACUGGCAGUGCCCGGCAGGAUGGGCAGGCCUUCCCCUGGCCCAGGAGCGAGUCCUAGGGGAACUCAUUCCAUGACCUGGACUCCUCCCACCAAGGCCAGUGGCUUCUCUGCUGGCCUUGCUUCUCGGGUCUUUCUGAUUCCCUGGGGACAUGAGGCCCAAAUCAAUUUCCCUGCAGCCCACCUGCCAGCCAGUAGUCCAGGUUUCUCCCCAAGUGCUCUACUGGGCAGUCCACUGUGCACGGAAGGAGUCAAACACGUCCCCCUUCUCCUGCAGAGCACCGUCUUCCACUUGCAGGACUUAGGGUUGCACCUUCCAUGCCAGUGACAGCACCCACCCCAGAUGUGGGUGGUUUCAAACCCACUGUGUGUGGCUCAGCAACCUCCGUGGACCACAGCAUGGCCCUCUGCUGUCCCUUUCCCUUCCUGAAAUCUUGAGGAAAUCUGUAGAAAUCCGUCCAAAUUUCUUUUUUACCACAUUGUUCUGACAGUUGGAAAAUGUGUGUUAAUUCCCAAGAUGACAAAUCGACAUUAACUAGAAGUGGGGGGUCAGAGAGAUGGCCUCCCUGGUUUACAAUGCUUUCUUUGUCUGAAAACGCUGCUGUUUUCAAAUAAAGGUUUAGUUUGUGUGUACAAAUUUCCAAUUGGGCCUCUUAUCAUGAAAGGAAAAGUGUGAAACUCCUCAAAUCAAAAUGUUUCCUUCUGAAAAGGAGACCUUGCCCCGACCUCCCCCGCCCGUCUACGACAGAACAGUGCCAUCGACCGGCCUGCGUGCUCUUUCGAGAUUGCUGUGUUCCUCCCAAAGGCCCUCAAAGCCCUGGAAAAACUUUAAAACUUUAGCCUUUAUGUCAGAUUAGAGAAACCAAACGGUGUGACGGUAGUUGUGGUGAGAACCUCUGAGUUUCUUUUUCUCGCGCUUCCGAACGUGUAUAUUUGCUGAAUGAAAAUCGUGGUGUGUGCUCGACGAGUGGAUGUCCGCUCUCCCUGUGCACAGCCAGUGUGCGAAGGUCACCUUAAGUGAAAUGGCUUUUUCUUCCCAUUUGUCUGUUAAUCCCCAAACCGGUUGCUUUUUCCAGUUGCUCCCCGGGUGUCUGUACAUAGUUUGUCUUUGUAUAGGAGCGCGCGCUCGUGUUCUAAUGCAACAGAUGAUGGCUGUAUGAGGAAGACGAUGUAAAUAGAAUACAAGUUAAACUGGAUCUCUAUGGCCUAAGUUUUGUACAUACAGAAACUGCAUGGUAUUUAAAUUAUUGUUUGUCUCUGAUGAUGUAUGCAGUUUCUUUAAAAACAAAUCAAAAAAAAAAGUCUAAAAAAAUCA